UGGAUGGAAUGGAUUCCCUUGCUCGUACAUUUCUGUAUCUGCAUUCAGUUAGUUGUGAAUUUGUUUGAUGCGUGGUGCGCUACUAAUCUAAUCCGUCCGUCAAUUGUUCGGUUAUGUUCUUCCUCUCCAGCGUGCGAGAUCAAUCUAGCCAAGGUGCGGGUGCGGUUUAUUUUUCCAAAGUUUUUUUGGGAUUUCAACUGAACCCCGGGGUGAGCUUCAGCCUCGAGCUGGGAGUAAUAAUUGCGUUUGUGUGAUUUGGCGAGGAAUGCGGGGGUUAGACAAGCUCGUGCUUUGUUAUGAGAAUUUGAGCUCCGGGAGUUGGUGAUCAAAAUAUCUAGGAUUCCUGGUAAUUACUAUUGAUGCAAUGGGUGAUCGUUAGCUUAAAAGAACUAGUAGUUCGAUCGUAGAUGCCUGGCUGCAACACUAAUGUGGUCGUGCCACAUUGGAUUCUUGCAUAUAUAUGGACUGUUUCGUGUACGGAUUGCAGUUCUCACUAUUCUAUUGGUGUUCUGCUGGAUGAAGGGUCAGUUCAAUUGGCCGCCAAACUUGGCAUUCUCCAGGAACUUCAUGUCUAGGUGGUGGUUUGCCAGGGCUUUCAAGAUCUGAGCAUAGCUCGUUCGGAUUUAAAGGGCUGUUGUAACUUUGUCAAGCACUAGAAGGGCAGCGGCAUUUAUAGAGUUGUUUCACGAUGGCCUGUGAUGGAGAUGAGGAGCAAAGCCAGGAUUACCUAUUCAAAAUUGUUCUGAUUGGUGACUCCUCUGUUGGUAAAUCAAACUUGCUAGCAAGAUUUGCAAGGAAUGAGUUCUAUCCAAACUCUAAGUCCACUAUAGGAGUGGAGUUCCAGACACAAAAGUUGGUAAUUGAUGGAAAGGAAAUUAAAGCUCAGAUAUGGGAUACUGCUGGACAAGAGCGCUUCAGAGCAGUUACAUCAGCUUACUAUCGAGGCGCUGUUGGAGCUCUUAUUGUUUAUGAUAUUAGCAGGCGUCAGACUUUUGAUAGUGUCGGUCGAUGGCUUAAUGAACUGCACACUCAUUCCGAUAUGAACGUCGUCACAAUUCUGGUGGGUAACAAGACUGAUCUCAGGCAUGCACGUGAGGUGAGCACUGCCGAAGGACAAACCUUGGCCGAGGCUCAGGGCCUCUUCUUCAUGGAAACCUCUGCUCUGGAUUCGUCAAAUGUUGCAGCAGCUUUUCAAACUGUAGUUAAGGAGAUCUACAGCAUACUAAGUCGGAAGGUAUUUCAAUCACAAGAGCAGAAGAGAAGCGAGCUGCAGUCAUUAAGCAAUGGGAAAGCUGUGGUGCUGCAGGGUGAGACCAAUGAAACAAACAGUGGUGGGAGGUGGUGCUGUUCAUCUUAGCCUGACUGCCCUGUCAAGUGCAAUAUGAAUGGGAGACACAUCUGGGUUUGUGAAAAGUUGUUUUUUCCAUGCACUUCUAAAGGUAAGCUGACGAGGCUGGUUGUAUGAAAAUUGUGUUUUCCAUCAGAGGAAAUCAAUGUAUAGUUUGAUUGGCCCUUGGAGGUAUUGGUAUACAUGAUCGUGUAAAGAGAAAGUGCGACCAACUGACUGUUGUGUCAUUCUGCAUCAUUCUAGUCCUAGAAACCGUGCUUUCAUUCCACACCA